AAAGAGUGUGUGAGAGAGAGUGUGUGUGUGUCUGACACAGAGACAGGGUGAGAGCAGCUCUGUGGAUGUUCUCUGGACUGAUGGUGGAUUUAGAAGAAUUUUCUGAAUUGAGGACGACUUCAAUUCUGCAGAUCUUCACCUGAUCUUCACUUUCAGUUCACUUUCUUCUAUUUUCCUUCAAUACGGAGAGAGAGAGAGAGAGAGAGAGAGAGAGAGAGAGAGAAUGAUACAGUGUGAUAAAUGAGGAAGAGGAGAAACUAAUCAGCAGUCUGUCCAUGAUGAUGUGCUGUCCAACACUGACUGCAACCAUAUCCCCUCGCUAUGGAGACCAUGAUGCUUGGUGACAUGACACAGCAAAGGAUGCUGGGAAAACGUUUUUUCACUGCCCCAGAAAAUAAGGAGUUGGAAGAUGAAGCGGAAGAAGAAAAGAGGCAAAAUGGAAUAAUGAACGGGGAGGAGGAGAACCAGAACCGAGGAGGAACCCAAUCACGAGAUAUAAAAGGGGAGGGGCUAAAACCAGCAGCCAUUGUAAUUGGAAGGCAAAGAGGAGAUAGGCAGCAGCGACUGAUCAAUCCAGGACACCGGGGCAUCAUUCAGGCAAUUCUACAUCAUCAACCAGCCAGUCACGAGAUGUAUCACCAAACUCCAGCCAAUCAGCAGCAGCUUUACAAGGUUUUAACCAAUCAGCAGGCUCGGAGACGUCACAUGGAGAGGAGCAUGACGACAAUCGGACCACUGGAGGAUGCACACCUCAACACAGUAGUGUUUCGUAUAGGAAUUCCAGACAUCAAGCAAACGAAGUGUUUGCGGUUCGAUCCUGAUGCAACUGUGUGGAGCGUGAAGCAGCAGGUGGUGUGUUCUCUUAGUGAGUCGUUGUGGGAUGUGUAUAACUAUGGAUUGUUCCAGCCUGCCUCAGAGGGACACCACGCCCGCUUCCUGGAGGAGGAGCAAUCGUUACGACAAAUCCCACAAUCCCUUGAGAAGGGCGUACCUUACCUGGAGUUUAGAUACAAAAGUCGGGUUUAUAAACAAACAAACCUGGAUGAGAAACAGUUGGCAAAGUUACACACCAAGGCCAACCUAAAGAAGUUCCUGGACUAUGUCCAAAGUGGAGCAGUGGAGAAGAUCCACAAAGCUUUGGAUAAAGGACUGGACCCUAAUUACCAUGAUCCGGAGAGUGGAGAGACCCCUCUGACACUAGCUGUGAUCAGUGGCCUGAGUGUUGAUGGAAUCCGUGUGCUGCUGUUAAAUGGAGCUCAUCAUGAUUUCAGAUCAAGAGAUGGACUCACACCACUGCAUAAAGCUGUUAGAGCACACAGUCAAGCAACACUGCUGGCAUUUCUAUCUCUAGGUGCAUCUCCAGACUAUAAAGAUCGAUGUGGUUUGACGCCGCUGUAUCACUCAGUGCUGACAGGGGGCGACACAUCCUGCUGUGAGGCUCUACUCUACUACAGAGCACGGCUUGGAACACGUGACGAGAACGGCUGGGAUGAAUCACAUCAGGCAUGUCAUCAUGGUUUCGCCCAGCAUUUAGAGCACCUGCUGUUUUAUGGAGCGGACACCACUUCCCAGAAUGCAUCAGGAAACACAGCACUGCACAUCAGUGCCCUAUAUAAUAAGGAAAGCUGUGUUCGAGUUUUGCUUUACAGAGGAGCCAAUAAGGAGAUGAAGAAUAAACACGGACAAACUCCCUUUCAGGUUGCAGUGAUGUCUGGUCAUUUUGAACUCGGAGAAAUCAUCAAAAAUCACAAUAAUGCAGAUGUGGUUCCAUUUUUGGAGACUCCUAAAUAUGCUCCACAGCAUGUUGAUAGUGGACAUGCCUUGUCAGUGAACAUGUCUCUUCCCCACCCCCACCCCCUCAUACGGGCAAAGAGUGAGAACACCAUGGCCACACCCCUUGAUCCUGUAGCCCCACCCACUGUUGCACCUCAAACUACACAGCGCCGCUCUUCCUUUGCUCUGAGAAGUUCUAGUAGUCCUCGUGGUGCUCGCACUCGUUCUCCAUCCAGAGGAAGAGGGGAAUCUGAUGAAAAGCAGAAAAAACAGAGAGGCAGACAGGGUGUGGUUCAGCGGAAGAGGCUGUACAGUGCAGUUCCUGGUCGUGUCUUUAUAGCAACUCGCUCUCAUUCUGCUCAGGGAGACCGAGAGCUUAGCCUAAGCAAAGGGGACAAGGUCAAAGUGCUGAGUGUUGGAGAGGGAGGUUUCUGGGAGGGUACAGUAAAAGGUCGGACUGGUUGGUUUCCUGCUGAGUGUGUGGAAGAAGUUCUGCCACAAAAUGAAGAAAAAAGACCAGAGAGCCGCAGUGAGAAGGCCAAGAGAAAACUAUUCCGUCAUUACACUGUAGGAACCUAUGAUGGUCUAGAGAUCCCCAGUGAUUACAUUAUAAAGGAGAAGUCUGUUCUUCUACAGAAGAAAGAGAAUGAGGGCUUUGGCUUUGUGCUCAGAGGAGCUAAAGCUCAGACUCCGAUUGAGGAGUUCACUCCCACGCCAGCGUUUCCUGCUCUUCAGUAUCUGGAGUCAGUGGAUGAGGGGGGCGUGGCCUGGAGGGCGGGGCUAAGAAUGGGUGACUUCCUCAUCGAGGUGAAUGGGCUGAAUGUAGUUAAAGUUGGCCACAGGCAGGUGGUUAAUAUGAUUCGGCAAGGAGGCAACAGCUUAAUGAUGAAGGUAGUCAUGGUAACGCGGAAUCCAGAGAUUGAGGAGGUGCCUAAGAAAAAAGCUCCACAGCAGCAAACAAAGAGGUUAACUCCACCCGCCAUUACGCUGCGCUCCAAGUCCAUGACCUCUGAGCUGGAGGAGAUGGUGGAAAAAGCUUCUCCAUGGAAGAAGAAACUCGAUCAGUCAGAAAGUUCUCAGGCUCCUGAUAAGAAGAGGAGCGUUUACCAAAUGGCCCUUAAUAAGCUGGAUGAGAUAUUAGCUGCUGCUCAGCAGACAAUCAGCACGUCAGACUCUCAGGGACAUAAAGGACAUGGAGGUCAUGGAGGGAGGAAGGAACGAACCAAGGGCUUCUAUGCUAAUGAGCAAAGUUUUGACCAAUCAGGAAGUGUUGGUAUGAUUUCAUCAGGGUCUGGGUAUGGUCCUAAUUAUGCCCAGUUUUCAUCAAGCCACACCUCCCAGCAUGGGGUGAUGCUUCGACAGAAAUCUGUUGGAGUAACCGAUGAGGAACGGGGACAUCUUCACCCCCCUACUAUGAAACUAUCUCGUAGUUUAUCAGUGCCGGGGCCAGAAGACAUCCCACCUCCUCCUGAAACGUCUGCACCAGAACCACCGGUUCCUGUUCAGCGGAGGCCAGAGCUCAUGCACAACAAUCCCACUCAUCAUGCCCAGAUGCAAAUUAGGGCAUCUACUCGUCGGGUGGACACUGACCACAGUAGGAGGGGAGGAGUUAAAAUGGGUGGUUUAAGGCGUGGUUCUAGCAGUGCUGUACCACCAUCUGACAUGCCAGCAGCAAUCGCCAAGACAACUGGCCGACGUGGUGGUAAAGGGCCACUGCUAAAGCAACGUAAAGUGGAGGAAGGAGGAGGGAGAUCAGAGAAAAACUCUAUUCCAAUUCCAACCAUAAUCGUCAAAGCACCUUCCACAAGCAGUUCAGGACGUAGCAGCCAGAACAGCAGCGUAGAAGCUGAGCCUUCUUCACAGCUUGGGGAUGAAGAAGCAGAACAUCAUAGCAUAGUAUCAAUCCCAGCUCCACCUAUUGCCCUGCCUCCAGUUCCACCUACACCCUUCCCUCCAGAUGUGGGUGGAACAGCUCAGCGAGAAAGAGAGCGUUUUCGUGAUUCCCGCCGCAAGAGCACUUCUUUCUUCUACUCCUCUGAAGAGGAUGUCCUUGAGGAUCCUGACCUUUCCCAGUCAUUUCAGAAUGACCCUGCGCCCAGGCUCCGCUCCUCCAAGUCAAUUGAUGAGGGCUUGUACACUAGCGAUGCUGCAAGCAUGCCACCUGCCUUUGGACUGCCACAAUAUGCCUCUCAGCACAACACUACCUUUAUUCACCCACUAACUGGGAAAGUUCUGGAUCCAUCAAGUCCAUUAAGCCUAGCAUUAGCUGCUCGAGAACGAGCUCUUAAGGAUGACCGUCGAUCACGUAAGGAUGAGAGGCAUUUCGGGCGCCAGUUUUCCACUGCUGCUGCUUUUCCUAGCUCUCUUUCAUCUAGCCACAAUCCACAGCACCAUUCCUCUUCCUACAUGCACCAAGCACAGACUGGUAUCUACCCUAGUGGUAGCAGCCCUACAUCAACAAGUAAUUUUCCUUUGAGUCGACCCCAGAGUCCAAGAAUGUUGCGACUGUCUGGUAGUGGGGUAAUGAGUGUAGAAAUGGAAGGAAGGGAUGUUCAGAAGGUGCAAGUCACUUCUGAAAGAACAAAUCAAUAUCAAACCUAUCACAAUGAGAGGGAAGGGCAAGGAAAAAUGUCUCAACAGCACCAUCAACAUAGACCCCCUUUAGUACGCAUGGAUACUGAAGUGAGCAGUAAUGCUAUCUACCAUGCUAAUCCUGUCCUAGAAAACACCAAAAAAACAGAUACAGGGACAGAAAGGGCUGAAAUCAAGGAGGAAGGUCAAGGCGGUGAAACUGGAGGUGGGGUAAUGGUUUUGCCUCCACCUGCCCCCUCAGUGGAUAUAGCCGAUGAGUUUGUGUUUGCAGAACCACUUCCACCACCCUUACAGUUUGCAAAUGGAGUGGACAGAUCAGUACAGGAAACAACAGUGUACAACCACCAUCAACAGGAACAUCCUCACCAAGAACAACAACAUGGUGGUCAAAGUCUACUGCAGCAUGAUCAGCAGCUUCAGAACACCACUAUAGACCCACCAGGACCAACAGAAACAUCCCAGUCUCUACCUGAAAUUCAUACCUCAACCUUUCAUCCCUCUGCCAUUGUUCAUCCAUAUCUUUUCCCUCCUUCUCCUCUACUUCCACCACCUCAGCUCUGUCCAAAAAUCCCUCCUGCCAAUCCACCCCAACCUGCCCAAAUGCCACAAAUCCACCCUCAGCCUCCAUUCCCCUCCCCCCAUGCUGCUGAUUCAGCUGCAUCUAGUUUGACAUCAUAUGAUAGUGAAGUGGCCAAUUUAACUCAAUCUGCUAUGUCUCCUUCACUUCCAUCUCCCCAGAUUUUUUCUACAACUUCCACUACUUCUGCCCCACCCACUUCCUCAGACCCUGCAUCACUGCACAGGCCCCUCCCACUUUUCUACCCACCACAAGAUCGCGGUAGUUCUACUCUUACCUUUGCAACUAUGACAACUGCUGCAGCAGCAACAGCAACUGCUGCUGUAGUAACUGUAACUAUGACAACCCCUUCAGCAAGUCGACCGGUUGUUGGAGGUGAAAGGAUCCAGACAGAAUCAAAGGGUUUUGAGUGGCCAGAGGCAGUCGUGGAUUCUGGGAUUGAGGAACCAGACAGUCACAGCAGCAUUGACCAUCAGACAGAAAGUGUUAGUGGAGAAAGGAGGCACCAGGAAAGACGAGUGAGCACAGAAAUUGGUGGAAUAAAAGAAGAAAGAAGAGUGUCUCUGGAUUCUUGUCUGUCUAACACACACCAUCAGUUUAAAAUGCACAAUGACACACACACAAAAACUCACACACACAAAAGCAAACCUCCACCACCCACACAUGUGAAACCACAUCUACAUAACACUGCUAAAUUACACACUAAUGUGGAGACAGUCCGGACAGUGCCAUCAUUACGGCGACAGACAAGUGCUGCCCCAGGAUUUUACCAGCUGGAUGAAAAGAUGGAGGGAAAAGGAGGAGUGAAGGCACCAUCUUUUAUGGACAGACGUCUGAAUUCCCCUCUUUCCAGUGUAAAGGCCAGUAUUAUCAGUGAACUCAGCAACAAGUUGCAGCAGAUCGGGGGAUGGCAGGGUCAAGGGUCACAGCAGAUGCAAAGGUUUUCAGAAGACCUGUCUUCAUUAGUCCCUGCAGGCCAUGCCCUACUUCUUUCCUCCUCACAACCACUUCAGAGAUCUUUGUCACCUUCUUUGGCUCCUGUUACCUUAAAUCCUAUUAGCUCAAAUCCUGUAGCACCAAAUUUGACCCCUAAUCCCUUAGCAAAUACAUUGCCUCCUAGUCCUUUAGCCCCCAUUCCAUUAACCUCAACAAUCCCUUCUAACCCCUUAACCACAAAUAUUGUACCUAACCCGAUAGCCCCUAGCCUUACCGCUAAUGCUGUACCUUCUUCACCUCUGACUCCUGCAUUAACGCCUACUUUGACCCCUCAGGCCCCUCCUUAUUCAAGCUGGACCACAUCCCCAUCUCCCCUAUCUUUCUCUCACUGUCCUCUUUCUCCUCCUGUCUGCCCCAUGCCCCUCUUUCUCCACUGUCUCUUGCACACCCUCCAUUGUCCCCUCCAUCAUAUAACCACCCCCCCAUCUCUCCUAUAUCCCUCUCUCAUGCCCCUCUUUCACCUUCCUCUGUGUCCUAUUCCCCAUACCCGACUUCACCAAAGCAUCGUGCUAAAUAUCGUACUAAAGGUCUAGAUUUCUUUUCUGCUUUAGAAUCAAGGCGCUCUGAAGCUCAUAUUCAGCACCGCCGUGCUCCAAGUCCUCUUAUUUCCUGUUCAGAACGACCACAACCUGGGCCACCACGUCCUUCCUCUCUUCCUGUUUUUC